AUGGAGUGGAUUUUUCAUUACAUCACGUUGGUUUCUGUUACUCAACUUACUGAACAUCUUUUAAUAUAUCUACGCAUGGAUCAUUCGACCCACGAUCCACUCUAUUGUCUGCUGUUACACCAGCUCUGUAUGGAUCACAACAAUAUUCGCAGGCUGUGUCAAAUGUCCCAAUGUGCAGCAGUUUUGGGCUACAAGAAUCACCUAAUACUAAUUCGUUGGCUGUCCAAGAAAGCUUUAAGAAUGAGCCUAGUACCAAGGAGCAACAAUCGCGCUACCCCUAAUGUUAAAGCAAUAGGUAAUUUGCAUGAAAAAUCUUUAGCAAACUCACUUCCACCCAAUGUACUUUGUAAGCGUGCAUCUCCUUCUGAAAUUGAUCCUUACAGUAGUGUAGGAAAGGACUCGAGUAGUCCAACUGUGGCUUCAGCACCUUGCCCUUGUGCUCACCGAGGUGGUGAAGAUCCGCCGCCUCAAUCACGCCGAUAUCCCCAACAGCAUGCUGGUAAUCAAGAUCAUUGUGGCCACCAUCCACAACAACAAAUGCAACAUGAUAUGCAACGAAAUCGUCAUCAAAAUCAGUCGCAUAAAUUUAACGCCAACGAAUACCCUCUAAAGGAAAAUCAAGAUCAGCAUUCACAUCAACAAACACAGCAACAACAAGAUCAGCAUCCGCAUGAACAUACACAGCAACAACAUUAUCAUCAAAAUCAAUUACAACAUCAUCAAAUGCAGCACGAGAAUCAAAUGAACCCGCAACGGGAAUUUCAGCAUCCGUCGCAGAAUCAAUUUCAUCAUCCAUCUGCUCAUCAUGAUAGUAGUAUGCAUAAUCAAAGUUUUAAUAGGAAUCAGCAUCAGCAUCGAUCUUAUGAUGAUCAAAAUCAGAGUUAUCACAAACCUCAAGCCAACAACUUACAUCAUAAUGAGCAACAGCAAAAUACUUUCCAUGGUAGUGCUCAUCACCAUCAGCAAAGGAAUAAUUCUAAACCUAAUUUUGAUGAAGUGCUGCGCAACCAACAGUUGCAUCAACGUAAUAUGAAUCCAGCACACCCACCGAAAAGUAAUCACCAACCGAAUCGAUUGCAUUAUGCUGAAAAUCAAAAUAAAGACAACGGGUCACAUCAUCCUGAAAGCGCUUUGCACAAUAGGGGCAACAGACUACAACAUGUACCUAAUGUUCAUCAAAAUAAUCCCACCCCUUCUCCACAAACAAACAAAACUUGUACUAAUCCAUCAUGCGGUCAGCAGAUACCACAUCAACAUGAUCAACAAAAUUACAACCAGCCAGAUUUCCAAAAACGGCAGGUACAACCUCCCACUACACCUGAUAUCCAGAAACCCAAUCAGCAAUGUCCUGUGGAGACUUGCCCAAAAUCACCUACUCAUCUUGAAGACCAAUUACCUUCUAAAGACCAGCAGCGUUUACACCAGGAAGCGCAACAACUCAACCAGCGCGUUUUGGAUAUAACUAAUCAUGCUCAUGAUGAUAACCAUAUGCAACACCAGGACAUGAGACCACACGAAUGUGAACACCAUGAUGAGAACUUUGAUCAAGGUCAAAGUCAAGGCCAUGAAUGCCCUCAUAUGGGUAAAGAAGAUUGGAAUGCUGGGGUUUGUCCACAUGAUGGUCACGUUCUUCCUGAUCAUCACAAUAGUAAUUUACCGUGUCAUGAUGAUGGUUUGCAUCAUGAAGAUGAUGCUCAUCCGUGUUAUCACAAUGAUUGCUUGCAUCACAAUGAUUACCAAGAUCAUUGUCAUGAUCAACAGGUAGCCCAUCCCGUCCAGCAUGGGCAGCAGAAUGAUUCACAUGUUUGUGAUGGUAAUUGUCAUCAUCAAGAUCAGCAAUAUGGGCACCACCAACCGCGUCAAAAUUAUCAUGAUCAAGUGAGAUAA